AUGUCAGCAUCAAUAGAGGCUUUAGCAAUGGCAGGUGUGGAUUAUCAUACACACAAUAUGAAAGUUGAAGAAUGGGAGCAAGAGGAGUUGGAGUUACCUCCAGCACAUUUACUAGCUGAAGAAGAAGAAGAAGAAAAAGAAGUUGAAAGAAAUAGCAAGUACAGCUUUCAUAUAUGUCGAUGUUGGCUGUCAAGCUGCCCGGCGAAAGAUGGUGCUGGUAGUGAUUAUGCAAUCAUCAAGCUACCCCGGAAUGUCAUCCAAAAAUACAACAGUAUAGAAGAAGCAAUGUCUAUUGAAGCUCUGGCAAUGGCAGGGGUUGAUUACGCAGACUGUGGCAUCAACCUAGAAGUGUGGGAGCAGGAUAGCUCGGAACAGCCACCCCUACAUCCGGUAGGUGAACAGAAUUCAAGCUUGGAAAUUGAUAGAAGGAGACAAGAUAUGUUACUUGAAGAAAAAUUGUGGAAAGCAAAAAUACUGGAAUGGGCUAAAGCUAUUGCUGCAAUGCACGUUACAUCAGUUCAUCAGCUCAAACCAAACGACGCAUUUAGCUAA